AUGGCUACUCAAGCACAAGAUAUAGUCGGGUCUCCCAAUCGACUUGCUAGAGUCGUUUCGCACAGCCUCAGCAUCUCUCCCACUGCAACGUUCCAUUCCCCGCCCUCCAGCUUUGGAGGGGCACAACUUACUCGGACCAUAACGGCACCAAAGCAGUUGAAGCCCUUUGACACGCAAGACAUCAAGAUUCUGCUCUUGGAAAAUGUCAAUCAGAGUGGCCGUGAUAUCUUGGCCGCGCAGGGCUAUCAAGUUGAGGCCUUGAAAACCUCGCUGCCGGAGGAUCAAUUAAUUGAGAAGAUUCGCCAAGUCCACGUUAUCGGAAUCAGAUCAAAAACAAAGCUCAGCGAGAAAGUGCUCCGUGAAGCAAAGAAUUUAAUUGUUGUUGGCUGCUUCUGCAUUGGCACGAACCAGGUUGAUCUUGACUAUGCUGCUAGGCAUGGUAUUGCAGUCUUCAACUCUCCGUUUGCGAAUUCCAGGAGUGUAGCAGAGUUGGUGAUUGCUGAGAUCAUUACUCUUGCCCGACAACUUGGAGAUCGUUCAAAUGAGCUCCACAGGGGAACAUGGAACAAAGUUAGUAGCAAAUGUUGGGAAAUUCGAGGGAAGACUCUUGGUAUAAUUGGAUACGGCCACAUUGGCUCCCAGUUAUCAGUCCUCGCAGAGGCAAUGGGUAUGUCGGUAAUUUACUACGAUAUCCUGAAUCUGAUGGCCUUGGGAACUGCAAAGCAAAUGCCAACACUCUCGGCCCUCCUCAACGACGCCGAUUUCGUUACCUGCCACGUUCCCGAACUUCCUGAAACGAAGAAUAUGAUUGGAGCAGAUCAAUUUGAACAGAUGAAGCAGGGAAGUUAUCUGAUCAAUGCCUCUCGUGGUACGGUGGUCGACAUUCCAGCUCUGAUCAACGCUUCACGUAACGGCAAGAUUGCAGGGUCUGCUCUGGAUGUGUAUCCAAGUGAACCUGGUGGAAAUGGUGAUUACUUCACGAAUGACUUGAAUCCCUGGGCAGAGGAUCUUCGAAGCCUGAAGAAUAUCAUUCUCACGCCUCACAUUGGAGGUAGUACGGAGGAGGCCCAGCGUGCGAUUGGAGUUGAGGUUGGCGAGGCAUUGGUUAGAUAUGUUAAUUCUGGAGUCACUCUCGGUUCUGUCAAUCUUCCAGAGGUCAACCUUCGUUCUCUCACCAUGGAUGAGCCCAACCACGCCAGGGUCAUCUAUGUUCAUCACAAUGUACCGGGUGUGCUGAGAAAAGUCAAUGAAAUUCUCGGAGACCAUAACGUUGACAAGCAGAUCACUGAUAACAAGGGAGAUGUCGCCUACUUAAUGGCUGACAUCAGCGACGUCCGCCCCGGACAGAUUAAGGAGAUCUCUGAUAGCUUGGAAGCUUUGAGCUCCCGCAUCAUGACACGUAUUUUGUACUGA